GUCACGCUGACUCCAUCGGAGGCGUGGCGAACGAUCCGGGACCAUUUUUACGACAACGUCAACGAAAUAGUCCGGGGCGCGACCAAAAAGCAAGUUUUGGGUCGACUCUAUCGCACGCGAUCGAAGCUUUUUGGGCGAGAGAUUUUUAAACGUCUGGAGCGCGAGCCCCUAUGCGACGUCAAGGAGAGCGCUGGAUUGAAGUUUUUCCAGUUCCAUGUGACCUACUACGAAGACGAAGUGCAGCACCGACUGAUUGGCUGGGCCCAUCCGCGGCUGGUGGAUCGUAUGAAGCAGCGGCAAAGUUCAGUCUUCACCGACGCAACUUAUCGUUGUGUGCCUGCUCCAUUCUACCAAUUGGUGAUUGUGAUGCUCUACGAUUCAAUUUCGGAGCUCUACUUGCCAAUUUGGUACGUCCUCACCACCGGGAAAACGGCUCAACAGAAAAUUUUUCCGGCGCAUGUUGUGUGCGACUUUGAGUUCAAAAUCAAAUCUGUCCAGAACCAGUUUCCAGAAUCCAGAAUUGUGGGAUGCCUGUUCCACUUCAAGCAAGCGCUGCGCCGAGAGAUGUUGAAGUUGAUGAUCACGGAAGAUGAAGUGGACUUGGCCAUGCGGGAGGGCUGCAUUGACCGCUUGACAAUUAUCCGACGUAUGGAUAUUACCCUUCGAGGCGUCCAUGAUGUCCAAUCCAUGAUUAAGCGCGACUGUGAAGCCAGGGGUAUUGGUUACUCCAGGCCCAACUGGAAGAAGUUCUGGAAGUACUUCAAGAAAACUUGGAUCAACAAGUUCAAGCCGGAGUGGUGGAACAUUAACAGCGUGAGCGAAGACAUCGUAAAUCGGACCAACAACCCGCUUGAACGCUAUAACCGCACUCUAAUUUCGGUGUUCAAUGGUGGGCACCCAGACAUCACGCGCUUCAUCAGUGUCAUCGAGGAGCAAAGUCGCGAGAACGUGCGCCUGUUGGAUGACAUCUCCAACCGCAGAGCCCGUGCCCCCAAUCAUGCCGCCCCCCAACGCGCUCCAGGCUUCGAGUCUGACUCAGAUUGUGAUUCAAUUAGGUCUAUGUCACCCGAAUAUUAG